GUUAUUUUAUUUUUGGGUGAUGGCUGUUCAUUUUCUACUUGGUUUGCAACUAGAGUUUACAUGGCACAAUCAAGAAACAUCUCAGACGGUGGUGAAGAACUUAAACUCACAGUGGAACGCUUUCCUUAUGCAGGACUUUCAAAAACUUACUGUGUAGAUUCUCAAGUAGCUGACUCUGCAUGCUCCGCAACUGCUUACCACACCGGUGUAAAAGGUAACAUUGGUACAAUUGGCGUCAAUGGUAACGUAGGUUUAAAAGAUUGUGAAGCAUCUAUGGACCCAAGUACUCAUACCAUGUCAAUAGCAAGAGCUUUCCAACAAGCCGGAAGGAAAACCGGAAUAGUUACCACAACUCGUGUUACUCAUGCAUCUCCUGCUGGAGCAUACGCCAGUGUGGCUUACAGAGAAUGGGAAAAUGAUGCGCAUAUGUUAACAGACAACGUUGAUCCUACUCAGUGUCCUGAUAUCGCCAUGCAGUUGAUGAAAGGUGAAACUGGUAAGAAUUUGAAUGUAAUCCUAGGUGGAGGAUGGCAAAAUUUCCUGCCAACCAAUGAGAAUGAUCCAGCUGGUGAAGCAGGACAAAGAGCAGAUGGGAGAAAUCUCAUCAACGAAUGGAAACAAGCUAAAGGUAGUUCCGGUGUCUACGUUACAAAUAGAGAUGAGUUAUUAUCAACGACAAAAAUAGAUUACCUACUUGGAAUUUUCGCCAGUAGUCACAUGGAAUAUCAUCUUAAAGCACCGAAAACACAACCUAGUUUGAAAGAUAUGACACAGGUAGCCAUUAAACAGCUCACAUGCGAUAAAGGUUUCUUUCUUUUCGUGGAAGGUGGCAGAAUUGAUCAUGGCCAUCACAAUAACCGAGCUAAGGCCCUGGAUGAAACUGCUGAGUUCGAUGACGCAAUCGCUGCAGCUUUAGAGAUGACUUCCGAACUGGAUACGUUGAUUCUUGUUACUUCUGAUCAUUCACAUGCUAUGAUCACUUCCGGUUAUGCAAAGCGAGGUAAUAAUAUAUUUGAGAUUGCGGGGAAAGGAUCUGAUGGUAUAGUUUAUUCCACAUUGUCUUACGCAUCGGGUAAAUAUGGAUUUAAGGGUGAAAAUGGCGAGCGAUAUAAUAUUAGUGAUGAUGAUACUAAGAAUGUGGAAUAUCGGUUUCCGGCGUUUGUGCCAAUGAGUAGUGCGGCGCAUGCUGGGGAGGAUGUAGGUAUUUUCUGUUUGGGACCUUGGGCACAUUUUUGUAGCGGGGUAGUUGAACAAAAUUAUAUUCCACAUUUGUUUGCGUAUGCUGCAUGUGUUGGUUCCGGUCUCAAAUCGUGUGAUCCUCGUUACGAAACUAAUUCUUUUGAACGAUUUUCGACGUCAUCCUCGGAGAUUUCAUUAAAUUAUUAUAACCAUAAUAAACAUUAUUCUCGGCGUAUUAAUCAUCAUAGUAAUAAUUAUAAUUAUAGAAAACAUUAA